UCUAACAUCAUUUUGUUUGUGUAUUGCGGACUGCCGAGUAUCAUAAAACCCUACUGUUUUCUCAAGAACACUAUCAGGUCAUAACACCCAGUGGCACCUUAACUGCUCACAUUCAAAGAUUCCCAGCAUGGAUGAUGUAUGCGAAGAUAAAGAUUUCUCCUUCCCCAAGCAGGAGGAGAGAAUCCUCCAAUGGUGGGAUGAAAUCAAGGCAUUCGAGACUCAGCUAGAGCGGACUAAAGAUAUGCCGGAAUAUGUCUUCUAUGAUGGCCCACCUUUCGCCACAGGUCUACCACACUACGGCCAUAUCCUAGCUGGGACGAUCAAGGACAUUGUCACGCGGUACCAGUCCAUGACCGGUUACCACGUCACCAGACGGUUUGGGUGGGACUGCCACGGGCUGCCUGUUGAGCACGAGAUUGAUCAGAAGCUUGGGAUUAAGACCCGCCACGAGGUGAUUGAGAUGGGCAUCGACAAAUACAAUGAGGAAUGCAGGGGGAUUGUUACACGGUAUGUUGCGGAAUGGGAGGAGACUGUUGUCAGGACGGGGCGCUGGAUUGAUUUCAAACAUGGUUACAAAACCAUGGAUUUGAAUUUCAUGGAAAGCGUCUGGUGGGUCUUCGCCCAGUUGUUUGACAAAGGCCUUGUCUAUAAAGGCUUCAAGGUUAUGCCGUAUAGCACUGGCUGCAAAACUCCUUUAUCAAACUUUGAAGCAAAUUCAAGUUACAAGGAAGUACCUGAUCCUGAAAUCAUGGUAUCUUUCCCCAUAGUCGAUGACCUAGAUGGUGCAUCCAUCGUUGCUUGGACAACAACUCCGUGGACUCUCCCCAGUAAUCUUGCUCUAUGCGUGAAUUCUAAAUUUGUGUAUCUGAAGGUUCGCAACAAGUUUGAUGGGAAGAUCUACGUGGUUGCUGAAUCUAGGUUAUCUGAGCUUCCUUUAGAAAAAGCAAAAAAAGGAACUGCUAAUGGUUCUGUUAACGAUACCCACAACUCAAAUCCGAAGUCCAAGCCCUCCAGUGGUAAAUCAAAGAAUAUAGACACCUAUGAGAUCUUGGACAAGAUCUCCGGGUCUUCACUCGUUGGAAAGAAGUAUGUACCAUUGUUUGAUUACUUUGCAGAAUUCUCCAAUGUUGCAUUCAGAGUUAUCGCAGAUGACUAUGUUACUGCUGAUAGUGGUACUGGUAUUGUUCACUGUGCUCCUGCAUUUGGUGAAGAUGAUUAUCGUGUGUGUGUUGAACAUAAGAUAAUUAGCAAGGGAGAGAACUUAAUCGUAGCUGUAGAUGAUGAUGGUUGUUUUACUGAGAGGAUUACCGACUUUGCUCGUCGUUAUGUAAAGGAUGCAGACAAGGAUAUUAUUCAAGCUGUUAAGGAGAAGGGAAGGCUCGUAAAAUCUGGAAAUUUUACGCACUCCUACCCCUUUUGUUGGAGAUCUGAUACUCCUCUCAUUUACAGAGCAGUGCCCAGCUGGUUUGUUGCAGUAGAGAAGAUAAAGGGUCAGUUGUUAAAGAACAAUAAAGAAACAUACUGGGUUCCUGAUUUUGUGAAGGAAAAACGGUUUCAUAAUUGGCUGGAGAAUGCAAGGGACUGGGCUGUUAGUCGGAGUAGGUUUUGGGGAACUCCACUCCCUGUAUGGGUCAGUGAGGACGGCGAGGAGAUUGUUGUUAUGGAUUCCAUUGAAAAGCUGGAAAAACUUUCUGGUGAAAAGGUGACAGACUUGCAUCGUCAUAAGAUUGAUCAUAUUACCAUCCCAUCUAGUCGUGGGCCUGAGUUUGGUGUUCUUCAUCGUGUGGAGGAUGUGUUUGAUUGCUGGUUCGAAAGUGGAUCCAUGCCAUAUGCUUAUAUUCACUAUCCAUUUGAAAAUGUUAAACUCUUUGAAAACAACUUUCCCGGGCAUUUUGUGGCUGAGGGGCUUGAUCAAACUCGUGGAUGGUUUUAUACCCUCAUGGUAUUGUCAACUGCACUAUUUGGAAAACCUGCUUUUAAAAACCUUAUUUGCAAUGGACUUGUCUUGGCUGAAGAUGGAAAGAAGAUGAGUAAGAGACUGAAGAACUAUCCACAACCCAAAGAAGUCAUCAAUGAUUAUGGUGCUGAUGCCUUGCGACUGUACCUGAUUAACUCUCCAGUUGUUCGUGCUGAACCCUUGCGGUUCAAAAAAGACGGAGUGUAUGGAGUGGUUAAAGAUGUUUUUUUGCCAUGGUAUAAUGCAUACAGGUUCCUUGUCCAGAACGCGAAAAGAUUUGAGCUCGAUGGACUGGGUGCAUUUGUUCCCAUUGAUAAAAAAACUCUUCAAUCUUCUACAAAUGUCCUUGAUCAAUGGAUCAACUCAGCCACUGAGAGUUUAGUUCACUUUGUUCGACAAGAGAUGACUGCAUACAGAUUGUACACAGUGGUUCCUUACCUGUUGAAAUUUCUUGAUAACUUGACAAAUAUUUAUGUGCGGUUCAAUCGUAAGAGGCUUAAAGGUCGUACAGGGGAAGACGAUUGCAGAACAGCUCUGUCUACUCUUUACCAUGUGCUCUUAACAUCAUGCAAGGUGAUGGCUCCAUUCACACCAUUCUUUACUGAGGUUCUGUACCAAAAUUUAAGAAAAGUUCUCAGUGCAUCAGUAGGCAGUAUUCAUUACUGCAGUUUCCCGGAAGUAGAAGGGAAGAGAUGGGAACGCAUUGAGCAAAGUGUUACUAGGAUGAUGACAGUCAUUGACCUAGCCCGUAAUAUCCGUGAGCGCCGUAAUAAACCCUUGAAAACACCACUCAGGAACAUGGUUGUUGUACAUCCAGAUGAAGAUUUUCUUCAGGAUAUCAAAGACAAACUAAAAGAGUUUGUAUUAGAGGAACUCAAUGUCCAAUCAUUGGAAACUUGUAGUAAUACUUUGGAGUAUGCAUCUUUACGCGCUGAACCCGAUUUCAGUGUGUUAGGGAAAAGACUUGGAAAGUCAAUGGGAGAAGUCACCAAGGCGGUCAAGGCAAUGUCAACCGAAGAUAUUCUGGCUUUCGAGAAGGCUGGAGAAGUUAACAUUGCAACACACACUUUAAAGCCUAGUGAUAUUAAGAUUAUCCGGGGAUUUAAACGUCCUGAUAAUCAAACGGAGGAUGAGAUAGAUGCAGCUGGAGAUGGUGAUGUGCUGGUAGUAUUGGAUUUAGUGAUUGGUGAGUCACAACACAGGACUGGUGCUGCUCGUGAGAUCAUAAAUAGAGUCCAGAAGUUGAAAAAGAAAUCCGCCCUUGAGCCUACUGAUGCUGUUCUGGUCUACUUCAGAACUCUUGAUGAUGAUAAUUCAGUUUCUCAGCAGGUUUUGGAGACACAGGAAGAAUACAUUACUGAGGCCAUCGGAACUUCAUUGCUUCCUACGGACUCAAUGCCCUCAAGUGCUGCGAUUCUUGGGGAAGAGAGUUAUGAUGGAGUUUCAUACCUCAAACUCUCAUUCACAAUCACCUUAGCAAGAGCUUAGUUAAGAAUACGUCUAAACUUUACCCCCAGUAUUGAAGUAGAGGUAGUCAGUUUGUAAGUUUUUGUUGCAACCAUGUCUCAUUUAUUUGUAUAAUUAUAGUUAUUUCUAUUGCUCCAACAUAUACCCCUUUUUAAGAUGAUCCUCUUUUAGUUGUGGUACAUUGUAAUUUCAUUGUAUGGAUCUGCAAUUUUCUCUUUCCAUAAUCCAUUCAAUCUGCAUUGUUUUGGAACCAUAGCAUAUGAUACAUUGAUACUACAAAAAAGUGAAUAGUAUUGAAGAGCAAUUUCAAUAGAUGCGUUCAGUAUCUUCUUAGUUUCC